AUGGCAGUUAAAGACGAUAGCCAAGUACCUGUCGAACAGGAGGUUGCAAUCCACCGCAUUAGAACUACUUUGACCAACCAAAAUAUAAAAUCACUUGAAAAUGUUUGUUCUGAUCUAAUUUGUGGUGCCAAAGAGGAGAACCUAAAAGUCAAGGGACCUGUUCAUAUGUCCACCAAGACACUGCGUAUCACAACAAGAAAGACCGCUUGUGGUGAGGAUUCCAAAACCUGGGAUCGUUUCCAAAUGCAGAUCCAUAAGUGCCUAAUUGAUUUGCACAGCCCUUCAGAAAUUGUGAAGAAGAUCACCUCCAUCAGCAUCGAACCUGGUGUUGAAGUAGAAGUUUCUGUCAUAAUCUGUAAGUCUGGUUUUCAGCAUCAGGAAUACGGAUGUUUUGGAUGA